AUAUAUGGACACAGGAGGAGACGACAAACCAAAAUGGGGUCAGGGCUGCAGUCGGUCGUGUUGUUUGCACAAUAAUGGGAUUUUUGUCCUUAAUCUGCAUUUUUACCAAUCGGGUGUCAUUAUCAAUGGUGAUAACUGUGAUAGUUAUACCGAUAAAUCGUACAGCCGUGAAUGAAACGGAUGACAAGGUGGAUGCUUGUCCUCUAGAGGCGCAAGCUGAAGAGGUCGUAAAGAAUGAUGGCACAUAUGAUUGGGACGAGCAGACACAAUCGAAUAUUUUGGGCGUCUUCUAUGGUGGUUACAUUAUAUCCCAUUUACCUGGUGGCAUUCUAGCUGAUAAAUAUGGAGCUAAAUGGGUACUUGGCAUAUGCACUUUAGGGUCCGGAAUUUGCACGAUUCUCUCACAUGUUGCCAUUGUAGUGGGUGGCAGUUGGUGUCUGAUGGUGAUGCGUGUUUUAAUGGGCUUGGCACAAGGUCCCAUUUUCCCAGCCCUCAGUGUUUUGUUAGCCGCAUGGGUACCAAAACGCGAGCGCGGAACAUUGGGUACUGUGUGCUAUAGCGGCAGCACUUUGGGCAUUAUAUUGUCCAAUUCAUGUUCUGGUCUGCUACUUUCCAACUUUUCAUGGCCAGUAACCUUCUAUGUGUUUGGCGGUGCGUCAGUGAUUUGGUUUAUCAUAUUUAUAUUCCUCUGCACUAGCUCACCAAUGACACAUCCCUGCAUUAAGCCUAAAGAAAUGAUGUACUUGGUGGAAUCAAUUGGACAGACAACAAAAGAUAAGCCUCCUAUACCCUGGAAACGCAUGUUGCUAAGCACGGCUAUGUUCGGCGUCAUAGUCAGUCAAAUCGGUCACGAUUGGGGCUAUUAUGUAAUGGUCACAUUCCUGCCCAAAUAUAUGUCAGAUGUUUUGCGAUUCUCAAUCAAAUCGAAUGGCUUAUACACCUCUCUCCCCUAUUUAGCCAUGUGGUUGGCUAGCCUGGCAAGUGGACCACUAGCCGAUUGGUUAAUUCGAACGGGCAAAUUAACAAUUACUACUGAACGCAAAAUACUUACCUUUCUGUCUGCCUUUUUGCCUGGUUUGUUUUUAGUAAUCGCCUCCUAUGCCGGCUGCAAUAAAAUUGCAGUUGUAAUCCUUUUCACCAUCUCAAUGCUGUGCAUGGGUCCUUACUAUGCUGGCCAAAAAUUGACUCCUAUGGAUAUGAGUCCGAGCUAUGCCGGCACCAUUAUGGCCCUAACGAACGGUAGUGGUGCCCUAGCCGGUCUCGCUGCAUCGCCCAUUGUUGGGGCCCUUACGCCCAAUGCCGCACUACGUGAAUGGCGUGUGGUAUUCAUUAUAUGCUUUGUCAUAUUGGUUAUCUCAGCUUUGGUAUUUUGCUUUUUUGGCACUGGCGAAGUACAGCCAUAUGAUCCCUUGUAUAAGGGUCCAGACGAAAAGGAAGAGGAAAAGAAAAAAUAGAUAUUUAAGAGGUUGUUGCCCUUCAUAUUACUUAUUUAAAAAGUCUUGGUGAUAAAUAAUAAUAUUACAAGCUUUUUUGGGUACCAAACAUGUAAAAAAUUUUAAACAAAACCUACUCAAAAUGUAGAGAAACAAUGGGUGGAUAUGGGUCAAUACCCAAACAGUGUUCAUCCUUAAACUGCCACUGGAUUCUUAUAAUUUCUUGAAUCGAAUAAUUAAAUCCGCAAGGACUAAUAAUUCGUUAGCAUGUAAUGAAAUAUUUUAAGUAAAACAUUAAUCAAACAUA